AUGAAAAUCAGAAAAAAGGCAAAUAUGACAAGGUCUCUACCUAAACUUCCAUUUUAAAAUAAAGGUCAUUUCAUUACUCAGAAGAAUGAAGAAGAAGAAGAACUUGAUUUCAGUUUUGAGUUAUCUCCUGAGACUACAAAAAGUACAAAAAAGGAGUUUUAUCGAUUUCAUAAAACAAUUGAAAGAAUUUAAGAAUAAAAUCAAUUUUAUAAUAGAAAUGAUAACUUAAUGAGUAGUUUGUCAUCUCCAUAAAUUCCUCCUGGGAGUUUUGGAUUAUUUAAUCGAUAAAAGAAUGAUGUUUUGCAAUUAAAGUAUUAUUUAUCUCUUAAUAGCCAUAUGAAGUAUGGAGAUAAGUACAUGGUGAUUUUAGCAAAGGGAUUAUAAAAGUAAAAUGACAUAAAAGAAUUUCAUUUAAAUGAUAAUCGAAUGACUUAAAUGAGUUCAUCUGAAAUUAUAAGAAGUACUAGAGGAGCAUAUAAGUUGAGUUUAUCAAAAAAUAAGAUUGGCAGUGGAUGUUUGGAGAUUGGAAAUUCCUUAGUGAGUAGAGAUUGCAAAAUAUAAUUAUUAAAUUUAGAAGAUAAUAAACUAAAAGAAAGUUUAAUAAUUGAAAUUUUAGAAAGGAUUGCUGAUAAUAGAUCAUUAAAGAUUUUGAAUUUGAGUAAGAAUAAUAUAUCAAAUAAUUGUUGUACAGCACUUUGUAAUAUGAUAUACAAUAAUGAAGAUAUAUAGGAAUUAUAUUUGCAUUUUAAUAGAUUAAAUGGAAAUGGAGCAAUCAUGAUUUUUAAUAGUUUGCAAAAAUCUAAUUUAAAAGUAUUAGAUUUAUCCUAAAAUUCAAUAGGGAUUGGUUUGGAUUGGUCAAAUAGUUUUAAUCAAAUGGUGAGCACCAAUAAAGAAUUAAUUCAUUUUGAUUUGUCUUUCAAUAGAAUCUCAUAUAAAAUAACAUUAAAUAUAGCUGAAGGAUUGAAAAAAAAUAAAACAAUUAUAGGAUUUCAUUACACAGGUAAUUCUGGUUAUGUAGAUACAAAAGGAUUUUUAAUACCUAUUGAAACAGCAGAGAUGGAAUAGUCUCAACAUUAAAUUGCUUAAAGAAUAUAAGGAUGUUAAUAUAUUAAAUAGAAAAGAUUAAGAUCAUAUAGAGAUAGUAAUAUCAAAGAUUGUUGUUGGAUUUGUGAAGGUUGGAGAUAAGUAGAUUUCUAAUGGAAUCCAUAAGAUUCUGGUCCAGCAAAUGAUCCAAUGUUCUUGCAUUUAUCUUAUUUGAAUUAUGAUGAUUUAUAUAUGGGAAAGAUUGAAUAAGGUUUAAGAGUUUAGAGAAUGGUUCCUCCUGGUUUAUGCUACUAUUUUUUUACAAAUGAUGAUAUUUAAUGUGUAGCUUAGGAUUAACUUCAUAAGAGAUGGCCAUUGCCAUUAAAUAAAGUGCGUAUUUUAGAUAAAAAAGUGGAUGUAAAAUUGAAUCAAUUAAAUUACAUAAAUGUUUAAGGAACAUAAAUAAUUGAUAAAUAUUAUAUGCCUAUGAUAAAUGUUUAACCAAGAUAAGAAGAUUUGAUAUACAUACCUGAUGUAAUUGAAAAUAAGAGCAUUUGGUCAUUUCCAAUUUCUUUGUUUAAAGAUUGGAAAAAAGAUACUGAAGAAAUGUUAGAUAAAUGUUUUUCAAAUGAUUGGAAUUUAAGUAGAAUUACAAAAUUAGUUAAGGAUGAAAAUGAUAGAAAUGCAUGUUAUGAAUUUUUGAGAUAAAACUAUCAAUAAAUAAAGGAUACUUAUAAGUAAUAGAUAAUUUGACAUUAGACAUUUUGCAUGUUUAUCACCAAUUGGAGAUGUUUGGGCCAUUUCUUCAUUAAUAAACUUACAAUUGUUAAGUUAGAUUAAGUUAACAGAGAUGAAUGAGAAAGGAAUAAUAAAAUAAUAGGAUAUGGAAUUAAAAUACUUAGCCACCAUAUCUGGAACAGAGAAAGGAAAUUUUAGAAAACCAGAGAGAGGAAUGGUAAGAUUUUAAUUUUUAGAAAUGUGGAUAAGAAUAGCUGAAGAUAAAUAUAUUCGAAAUGGGAUUGCAAAAUCUUUUGAAGAAGCUUUAAAAUGGUUAUGGGAAGAUCAUUUAAAAGAGGAAUUCAAUAAAUAUAAUAGUUAGACUUUUAGAGAUUCUAGAUAUUGGAAUGAACAAUGUGAUUUAUGUAUGAAACAUUAUAAAACUAUAUUGGAUAGUGUUUAUAUAAGAUAUAGUGUGAAAAAGGUAAAACCAGGAUAGAAACCAUUUAUGAGUUUAUAAGAAUUAUAAGAUAUGUGUUCACAUAUUGGAUUGAAUCAAUUAGAUACAUAUGGACCUAAUACAUCAUUAUUCGCAUUCAAUAAGGCUAUGAUGACUCAAAUAGAUGAAGUUAAUUCAGAUAGAAUAUUUUAAAUGAGUUUUGUAGAGUUUUUAGAAGCUUUUGCUAGAAUUGCAGAAGAUAUUGAUAGUAGAUCUAUUGGAUUACAUCUUAAAAUUGAAUAGCUUAUUUGGAGAUGUUACAAUUUAUUUUCAGAUAUAUAUGCUUAACCAAAUUAGAGUUACUUUUAAGAUGAAUGGGAUUAAAUAAAUAAAUAAUAAAGUGAUGAAGACAUUGAUAAUUAUUAUUGA